UUCUUUUUUCAAAUUUGAAUUUCGCGCUCUGAGGCACUGUUAUGGCCACUGUUAAGUGUUUAACAUAAGUAACCAGCAACGCCAGAGGGCGCUAGCGCCAAAUCAUCGAUAAAUUUUCCAUUUUUUUGGCGCUUUCCAUUUUUAAGGGUUUUCCCCGAAAAAAAUUAGACUUAAGACCAGAAUCUAAAGUAUCUGGAAGACAUUCAUCAUGCCCCGUGGUAAGUUCGUCAAUCACAAGGGCCGCAAUCGACAUUUCACAUCGCCCGAAGAGCUGCGUCGCAGCUCUGAAGAUUCUGAAGAAAACGAAAUAGAUGAUUCUACAAAAGAGCCAAGAAAGGAUAAAGACACGGAUUCGGAUCCUGAAGAACUCUCCUCCGACUUGCCAGAGGCAACAGUCCGAGUGGAAAAAAAAGGAGUAGCAGCUCUAAUUGAGAUCGAGAAUCCCAAUCGUUUGUCCAAGAAUACAUCCGCUCAAGGAAAUGGAGGCGCUGUCCCCAAGCCCGAGCUUUCCCGCCGCGAACGUGAGGAAAUCGAGAAGCAGAAGGCUCGACGAAGAUACGAGAAGCUUCAUGCCCAGGGAAAGACGACCGAGGCGAAGGCGGAUCUGGCCCGAUUGGCGCUGAUCCGACAGGAAAGGGAGGCAGCUGCCGCCAAAAGAGAGGCGGAGAAGAAGGCUCUGGCCAAGAGCUUGGACGCCCAUUAG